UCCGUUUUCUCACCUUUAAUCCGAGAAAGCAGAAACUACAGAGACACACACAAGAAAAGAAAAAAAGAAUCAACAAUGAAAGCAUACCAAGCAACAGCAAUAGCAACAUCAUCUUCAACAAAAUCAACCACCACAGCCACCGCGUUUAUGGAAGAGAGAGACAGCUGUUACUACCCAGGAUGCAAAAAAGAUGCCAAUUGCAAUUGUGACAUGUGCUUAGCAAGCAUCAAUGCUACUCUUGACCUUAUGCCUAUUAGCAUUCAAAAAUCCUCUCUCACUAAGCUCUCUUCUUCGGGUUCCCACGUCGAACGCACUCCUGUUUCUUUUAGCCCUUCGUUUUUGUCCACACCCAUUUCAAAUCCUUGCCCUAAAAUGGACUCUCCACUCCUCAAAUCAACUGCAAGAUUGAGUUUUUGCGACAAGAACGAGGAGGUGAAGAAGAAGAUGAAGACUAGAGAAUGCAGUUUUGGAGGUUCUUUUUUGAGGUUGGUUUUAGGAUUGAGCUUGAUUUUUGUUGUCGAAAUUGGGUUUUCUGCUGGAGUUUCUAGGGCUUCGAAGAAGCCUCUGUUAUGUAAUGAUAUAGUGAGGAAAAUUGGUGAGAGAUCUUUUCAUGUGAAAGAUUUGAGUGGAAAAUUAAAAUUCUUGCAGAAUGAGUUAAAGGGAUUUGUUCUUGAUGUGAAGGUCUCUAAUUGCAGCCAUAUGGACUCAAUUUGGAAAAUCAAUCAGGAUGGUUUACUGUUGAAUUCGCGGUGUGUGUUCUACAAGUCAGCAACAGAGGAAGUGAGUAUAUGGGGUUGGCCUUUGCAGACUGCGGGAAUGCUCAAGACAGGAUUUUCUUCACGGUCUUUUACUAUAUUAUCAGGCAGAGUUACUGAGUGGUCAGAUGGGAGGACUGGAUACUCAAUCCGAAAAGCGAACAGUUCUUGGAUUCAUAAGAAAUGGGGUUCAUCAGUUGUCCAACUAGAUUCUAGCACAUGGGUUCUGGAGUAUGGACGGAGCUCGAUACUGGAUUACUCGAGCUUUUCUUCAGCAGUAGCAGAGCUCUUCAAUUUCUGGAUUUCAAGAGUGAUGACAAGGAUGAAACAAGAGUUCUGGUUCUUCUCUGUUUUGGAAGACCAAUAUAGUGAAUUUAGAGUGGAAGACCAUAUUAAGAUCCCAACAUAAGAGAUGCGAUAAUGAUGUGUCUUAACUUCAUUCAUCAGACUUAGUUCUCAUUCCUUGUGAGAAAGGUUCUUUCAUUUUUUUUCUUUUGAUUUCCCUUGUUUGAUUAUGAAAGAACAUAGAAGUAAAAUGUUACAAUAUGACAGAUGUUUCAGUA